AUGAGUGUACUCAUCGAUUCAAUACUCCACUAUCAUGUAAUGAUGUUGAAAGAUAUUCCAUAUAGUAGUUCUGUUCCCUCCCUCGGCCUUAAGAGGCGGUGAUCCUAUCAUGCUCAACAGCCUAGCGAUCGCCACCAGCCACACUGUCGCAAAUAUGCUAGAUAUAUCCAACACUUCGAGAUAUAUAAGGACCCUUCCUCUCGUACUGCUGCCUACCAGUACAUGGGGCUGUGGGCACCGCCUCAGAUACUUUACAGUGUCUGCCUUGAUCAAGAGUGCUACUACGACUCCGGCGUGAAGAAGGCCCGGGACCAGGCGUGGAACUACGACCAGCAACACGCCGCCGAGACGCUCGAGGUGGAGGCCAAAGGAGGCAAUACCUAUCGGGUGACUGGCAACGGGCGCGAGUCCAUCCUGAAACUGAUCAGAUUUGUGAAAUCGUCGUAGAAAUAUGCCUACCAGCAGCACGGUGGGGAAUACCUGCAGUAUGGGGGGCUGACCUCUCAGGUGGAAAAGGCCCUCGAGGCGCAGUCGAAUCAUACGGGGAACAACUGGUGCUACUACUUGGGAGAGCACCACAGGGCGCGAGUUGCCCAGGACCUAUCUCAUCCGGGACGUGGGCUGGGUGUUGCAGAAUGGAAAGAUCGAGAGACUAGAUGAAACUAUUGAAUAGACACAGUUGGG